CGGUCGACCGGACGUUGUUCAUUUAUCUUCCGUUCAAUUCUAAAAUCAGUGCUACUAAUCAAACGGUUUAGCAAAAGUCUGAAGGAUUGUCUUCGCUCAUCGAUUAUAAAAAUCUAGGUAGCCGUUGAAUGUGUUAAUUCUGGUGCCAAACUUGAUCUAAAUCGAAUUAUAUAAGUACUAGAGACUUGGUAGAUGUCCAAAGUAUUCUAUCCGAAGCAGUGAAGAUUAAAAGUACGAUGCUUCUGAACCGCAAUAAGGUUGGAGGAUUCCGACCGGCUAAAAUUUCAAAGUUGGACAAGAUGGAUGCACCGGCCACCUCGGAUGUCGUUAUCAUUAGCGGCAAUUCUCAUCCAGAUUUAGCGAACCAGAUUGCCAGUCGCCUGGGUGUAAAGAACGGUGGCUGUUCAGUGUACCAUAAGACAAAUCGCGAAACAAUGGUUGAGAUAGGUGACUCAGUACGAGGCAAGGAUAUUUACAUUAUUCAAACAGGAACCAAGGACGUAAACAACAACAUAAUGGAGCUCUUGAUAAUGGCGUACGCAUGCAAGACUUCAUCGGCGAAAUCAAUCGUCGGAGUUAUCCCAUAUCUUCCCUAUUCUAAACAGUGCAAAAUGCGCAAAAGAGGCUGCAUUGUUUCCAAACUGUUGGCUAGGAUGAUGUGUACCUCUGGAUUAACUCACAUCAUCACGAUGGAUUUACAUCAGAAGGAAAUUCAGGGAUUCUUUGAUUGUCCAGUGGACAACUUAAGAGCAUCUCCGUUCUUGCUGCAGUAUAUUCAAGAAAGCAUUCCUGACUAUCGCAAUUCGGUUAUUGUAGCCCGCAACCCUGGUUCGGCCAAAAAAGCUACAUCGUACGCCGAACGUUUGCGGCUGGGAAUAGCCGUAAUCCACGGUGAGCAGAAGGAAUCCGAAACCGACGAAGUGGAUGGUCGAAAUUCGCCACCCACGUUGCCUAAAUCCCGAACCAUGGACGUUUCCGGUGGUGUACCUGUUCACCCGGCCAAAGAGAAGCCACCAAUAAACGUGGUUGGUGAUGUGGGUGGACGAAUCGCGAUUAUGGUGGAUGAUCUCAUCGAUGAUGUCCAGUCAUUCGUGGCGGCUGCCGAAGUAUUGAAGGAGAGAGGUGCAUACAAGAUCUACGUCAUGGCGACUCACGGUCUACUUAGCCAGGAUGCUCCUAGGUUGAUUGAAGAUUCACCGAUUGAUGAGGUUGUCGUAACCAAUACUGUUCCUCAUGAAAUACAAAAAAUGCAAUGCCAUAAAAUUAAAACCGUCGAUAUCAGUGUCCUUCUAUCGGAAGCGAUCCGUCGCAUACAUAAUAAGGAAUCCAUGUCCUAUCUUUUCAAGAAUGUUACGCUUGAAGAUUAGAUUGGUGAACUCUAAGAGCUUGGCGACACUUGUGAUGGGAACAAAUAGAACAGAAUUUCAGAUGAAAUAUUCAAUUCAAAUUAUAUCACUUUUGAAGGCGAAACAAUUUUAAUCGAUAAACUUGAAUGUCGAAAUGGUUUACGUAUUGUAAAUGUACCUAGUAUUCACGUAAGGUAAAUUUUGUAAUGCUUGAAUUUACAUCAAAGGAAAAUAAAUUUUGCAGUCAAUGAAGGGGAAAUGAAACAAAAGUAUAGUAUCUCACACAGUGAAAAUCAGAUAGUUGAGUAGUGUAACGAAAAAAAAAACAACUACAAUUUAUAUUUUAUACAUACAUAAAGCUUUUAUGAAUGAUAUCUUUUAGCAUGAACAAAAUAAAUGAA